CGCCUCACUCACUCUCCCCCCGCCCACCCCGCGCCGAGCGAGGAGGAGUCGGAGAGGAAGAUGGCGGCGGCCGCCAGCACCCGCGGGGUCGCGGGGCCGCUCCGAGGAGCCUGAGAGACCCACGGAGGCUUCGCGGGGAGACGCGGCGGCGGAGGAUGAGCGUGCAGAGCGCGCAGUAUCUCCGAGUGUCUUAAACCAUUCUACCUUGUGAAAAAUUGGAUGUUCUUGCAGAUAGUCAUUGUGGGAGAAAACGUUUGAUUUAAGUCCCAGAUGAGGACCGAAAACUUGAAAUCAGAGGAGCAUCUGAAAUCAAGUAAUAUUAGGCAGGCAGAAGUCCUGAAGGCUGAAAUGACAGAUUCUAAGCUGGGUCCAGCUGAGGUCUGGACAUCCAGACAAGCUCUGCAGGACUUGUACCAGAAAAUGCUAGUUACUGAUCUGGAAUACGCUUUAGACAAGAAAGUGGAACAGGAUCUCUGGAAUCAUGCCUUUAAGAAUCAGAUCACAACACUACAAGGCCAAGCAAAGAACCGAGCAAACCCAAAUAGGAGUGAAGUCCAGGCAAACCUUUCUCUGUUCCUAGAGGCAGCUAGUGGCUUCUAUACUCAGUUAUUACAGGAACUGUGUACGGUGUUUAAUGUAGAUUUGCCGUGCCGUGUGAAGUCUUCCCAGUUGGGAAUUAUUAGCAAUAAACAGACGCACACCAGCGCCAUAGUGAAGCCACAGACUAGCUCCUGUUCCUACAUUUGCCAGCACUGCCUCGUCCACCUUGGAGACAUUGCUCGAUAUAGAAACCAGACCAGCCAGGCAGAAUCCUACUAUAGGCAUGCAGCUCAGCUUGUCCCCUCCAAUGGUCAGCCUUACAAUCAGUUGGCUAUCUUAGCUUCUUCCAAAGGAGACCACCUGACCACAAUUUUCUACUACUGCAGAAGCAUCGCUGUGAAGUUCCCUUUCCCAGCUGCCUCCACUAAUCUACAAAAAGCACUUUCUAAAGCACUGGAAAGCCGGGAUGAGUUGAAAACCAAGUGGGGUGUUUCUGACUUCAUCAAGGCCUUUAUUAAAUUUCAUGGUCAUGUAUACCUGAGUAAGAGUUUGGAAAAGUUGAGUCCUCUUCGAGAGAAGUUGGAAGAACAUUUUAAGAGGCUACUGUUCCAAAAAGCUUUCAGCUCUCAGCAGUUAGUUCAUGUCACUGUCAUUAACCUGUUUCAACUUCACCAUCUUCGUGACUUUAGCAGUGAAACGGAGCAGCAUAGUUACAGCCAAGAUGAACAGCUAUGUUGGACACAGUUACUGGCACUCUUCAUGUCUUUUCUUGGCAUCCUGUGCAAAUGUCCUCUCCAGAAUGAUUCUCAGGAGUCCUACAAUGCCUAUCCCCUUCCUGCAGUCAAGGUCUCCAUGGACUGGCUAAGACUCCGACCUAGAGUCUUUCAAGAAGCAGUGGUGGAUGAAAGACAGUACAUUUGGCCCUGGCUAAUUUCUCUUCUAAAUAGUUUCCAUCCUCAUGAAGAUGAUCUCUCAAGUACUAAUGCCACACCACUUCCAGAGGAGUUUGAAUUACAAGGAUUCUUGGCUUUAAGACCUUCUUUCAGGAACUUGGAUUUUUCCAAAGGCCAUCAGGGUAUUACAAGAGACAAAGAGGGUCAACAGCGACGAAUAAGACAGCAGCGUUUGAUCUCUAUAGGGAAAUGGAUUGCUGACAAUCAGCCACGGCUGAUUCAGUGUGAAAAUGAGGUAGGGAAAUUGUUAUUUACCACAGAAAUUCCAGAACUAAUACUAGAAGACCCCAGUGAAGCCAAAGAGAACCUCAUCUUGCAAGAAACAUCUGUGAUAGAGUCACUAGCUACUGAUGGGAGCCCAGGACUGAAGUCAGUGCUGUCUACAGGCCGAAAUCCAAGCAACAGCUGUGACACAGGAGAGAAACCAGUGGUCACAUUCAAAGAGAACAUUAAGCCACGAGAAGUGAACAGAGACCAAGAAAGAAGCUUUCCUCCCAAAGAGGUGAGAAGGGACUAUAGCAAAGGCGUAGCUGUAACUAAGGAUGAAGGAAAGAAGGACAGCAGCAAGAGGAGAGCUGAGACCAAGAGAUGCACCUUAGGAAAGUUGCAGGAAACAGGAAAGCAGAGUGUGGCAGUGCAGGUAAAAUCCCAGACAGAACUAAGAAAGACUCCAGUGUCUGAAGCCAGGAAAACACCUGUCACUCAAACUCCAAGUCAGACGAAUAAUUCUCAGUUCAUCCCCAUUCAUCACCCUGGAGCCUUUCCUCCUCUUCCCAGCCGACCAGGGUUCCCGCCCCCAACAUAUGUUAUCCCCCCUCCUGUGGCAUUUUCUAUGGGCUCAGGUUACACCUUCCCAGCUGGUGUUUCUGUGCCAGGAACCUUUCUUCAGUCUACAGCUCACUCUCCAGCAGGAAACCAGGUGCAAGCUGGGAAACAGUCCCACAUUCCUUACAGCCAGCAACGGCCCUCUGGACCAGGGCCAAUGAACCAGGGACCUCAACAGUCACAGCCACCUUCCCAGCCACCCCUUACAUCUCUACCAGCUCAGCCAACAGCACAGUCUACAAGCCAGUUGCAGGUUCAAGCUAUAGCUCAGCAACAAUCCCCUACAAAAGUUAUACCAGCUUUGGGGAAAAGCCCGCCUCACCACUCUGGAUUCCAGCAGUAUCAACAGGCAGAUGCCUCCAAACAGCUGUGGAAUCCCCCUCAGGUUCAAGGCCCACUAGGGAAAAUCAUGCCUGUGAAACAGCCCUACUACCUUCAGACCCAAGACCCUAUAAAACUGUUUGAGCCGUCACUGCAACCUCCUGUAAUACAGCAACAGCCUCUAGAAAAAAAAAUGAAGCCUUUCCCCAUGGAGCCAUAUAACCACAAUCCCUCAGAAGUCAAGGUCCCAGAGUACUACUGGGAUUCUUCGUACAGCAUGGCUGAUAACAGAGCAGUAAUGGCACAGCAACCAAACAUGGAUCGCAGGAGCAAACGGUCACCAGGAGUCUUCCGUCCAGAGCAGGAUCCUGUGCCUAGGAUGCCAUUUGAGGACCCCAAGGGCUCCCCUCUGCUUCCUCCGGACCUGUUAAAGAGUCUGGCUGCCUUGGAGGAAGAGGAAGAGCUGAUCUUUUCUAACCCUCCUGAUCUUUACCCAGCUCUGCUGGGUCCUCUCGCCUCUCUUCCUGGACGGAGCCUCUUUAAAUCCUUAUUGGAAAAGCCUUCAGAGCUCAUGUCACAUUCAUCUUCUUUCCUGUCCCUCACUGGAUUCUCUGUCAAUCAGGAAAGAUAUCCAAACAGCAGUAUGUUCAAUGAAGUGUAUGGGAAAAACCUGGCACCCAGCUCCAAGGCAGAACUGAACCCUUCAGUUGCCUCCCAGGAAACAUCACUGUAUUCCCUUUUUGAAGGAACUCCAUGGUCUCCGUCACUUCCUGCCAGUUCAGAUCAUUCAACACCAGCCAGCCAGUCUCCUCAUUCCUCAAACCCAAGCAGCCUGCCCAGUUCUCCUCCAACACAUAACCAUAAUUCUGCUCCAUUUUCUAAUUUUGGACCCAUUGGGACUCCAGAUAACAGGGACAGGCGGCCUACAGAUAGGUGGAAAACUGAUAAACCAGCCAUGGGUGGUUUUGGCAUUGAUUAUCUCUCAUCAACAUCAUCUGAGAGCAGUUGGCAUCAGGCCAGCACUCCAAGUGGCACCUGGACAGGCCACGGCCCCUCCAUGGAGGAUUCCUCUGCUGUCCUCAUGGAAAGCCUAAAGUCUAUCUGGUCCAGUUCCAUGAUGCAUCCUGGACCGUCCGCUUUGGAGCAAUUGUUAAUGCAGCAGAAGCAGAAACAGCAGCGGGGACAAGGCGCCAUGAACCCUCCACACUGAGGCCACAGUAGCGACCCAGGGAAUGAAGGCUCCAUAAACCAUGGCAUGUUGGGUUUGCAGGACUGGCCCACACAGUCCCUGCAGGUGGCAGCCCUCUUGUCUGUUUCUUGCUGUCGAGAGGGUGUAAGUGUUCCACCAGCCCGCUGAGUGUGCACGAAAUGUUCGCAGUGCAACAAAAAGAAAAACCAUCAGGAACUCUCGUUCCCCCGGGGCUUUCCGGAGGGAGAGAGGAGCUGCUGUUUGUCUCACUCAGUUACUGAUAGCACGCCUCUCCCCUUCUCCACCGCGCAUGUCCCCAACACGUGGGAAGUGGAAGCUGAGAAGGGAAGGCAGAUGGGAGAAGCCGAUAGGAACUUCUCAGUCCUUUUUUCCUCUUUGGGGAAUAAAAUAGGAAUCCAUUAUGAGUGCUUUGCUGACUGAGAAAGUAGUUGAAAUUACUCUUAAACAUCUUUUAUUGUUAUUACUCUCAGCAGCAAAAUAUCACACUGAAUUCUUCCAUACACAGGCGUACUUCUAGUGAGUGUGGAGCAAAGACAGUACCAUUUGCCGCUCCUGUGAGAGGUCGGUGGUGACAGGACAGGGAACUGACCUCUUAAGCCAGUGGGAGUGUUCCAUAAGGGAGAGGACAAGGCCUCUCAGAAGGUUCUGGAAGGCCUUCCUCCAGCCUGGAAACUCCAGCAGGAAAUGCCCUUCACUCUGUAGGUGCUCGAGCCCCAAUCGAGGAUGCAGUGUGGGUGUGCUGCUGGGCUAGACCAGCAGGUGGCUGCUGUAAGAUUUCAAUUAAUGUUUUUGAUUCCUACACUUUUGCAGUAGCAUAGCAAGCAGUUUCAGAAGGCAGGCUAGUCCACUCAUAGCCUGGAACACAUUUUAAUAGGUGGAUGCUUUCAGUGUGGUUAUUUUUGUUGAGUUGGUUUUUGUGUCCCCAUCCUGCUUCCCAGCCUCUUGCACCAGUCUCCACCCCUUUAGCCUUAUGCUGUGUUGUAGUAAUUGUU